UUUUUUUUUUUUUUUUGUGGCUUGGUUGUGUUGUUUGGGUUUUUUCCCCCACCUCGUUCUCGUUGUUGUUGUUGUUGUUGUUGCGUUCUUCUGGUCGCCCGUGGCCUUUGCUGCCCCCCGGCUCGCAGAGGAGUUCAGGCUCUCACCUGAACUUUGGCUGCCUGGUAUAUGCUGUUUGGAUAUCCUUAAGAGAUCAUCCAGGAAUGGUGGAUCACUUGCUGCCUACUGAUGAAUCCUUUUCAUCACCAAGAUCUUCUCUUGGAUACUUUGGGGACAUGACAGCUGGCGUGAGGUCCUACCAAAUGCUGCCCUCUCCCCUGUCAGAAGAUGACAGUGACUCGUCCAGCUUUUGUUCUUGUUCCAGCCCUGACUCCCAGGUCCUCAGCUCCAGCUAUGGAAGCACAUCCAGUGCAGAAAGUCAGGACAGUAUCUUAGACUAUUUAUUGUCCCAGGCUUCUUUGGGGAACACCACCACUGCAUCAUGGUGGGACAAAAGGAGACUUCAGCCAAUAGUGAAAGAGGAGUACUUUAGAUUGCCUGAAUUUCCCGUGGAUAUGGAAGACUCAGGACCAUUUCAGCCCACGCUUGAGGAGAUUGAGGAAUUUUUGGAGGAGAACAUGGACUUGGAGCUCAAAGAAAGACCUAAAAGUGAGACCAAGGACUUGAGAGCUUGCAGCCAGGUUUCUGUUGCUUCACUGCAGCAAAAAGACCAUAUGUUACCCAGUACUAGUUUAAAAGAGAGUAAAAAUGAGCAGUUGACUAGCUCAACGGAAGGUGGCCAAGCUUCAAAUGGAGGAGUGACCCUGGAGAAUGGAAUACCAGUUAUGCUCCAAAUUCAGCCUGUGCAGAUCAAACAGGAGUCCAACACCAGCCCCACGUCCCAAGGACCAGCACAGGAGAACAUUAAAAUUGCACAGCUCCUUGUCAACAUCCAAGGACAGACAUUUGCCCUUGUGCCUCAGAUAGUUCAGUCGUCCAAUUUGAACUUGUCCUCUAAAUUUGUCCGCAUUGCUCCCGUCCCCAUCGCCGCCAAGCCAAUUGGGCCAGGGGGCAUGAUCCAGGGGCAGACGGGAAUCAUCAUGGGUCAGAAAUUUCAAAAGAACCCUGCAGCUGAACUCAUUAAAAUGCAUAAAUGUUCUUUUCCUGGCUGCACCAAGAUGUACACGAAAAGCAGCCAUUUGAAAGCCCACCUGAGGAGGCACACGGGAGAAAAGCCCUUUGCGUGCACCUGGCCGGGCUGUGGAUGGAGGUUCUCCAGGUCAGACGAGCUGUCCCGGCACAGGCGCUCCCACUCGGGGGUGAAGCCCUACCAGUGUCCAGUGUGUGAGAAGAAGUUUGCUCGCAGUGACCACUUGUCCAAGCACGUCAAGGUGCACCGGUUCCCACGCAGCAGCCGCUCCGUGCGCGCCGUGAACUGACGGCUCCUGCCCUGCCUGCCCGCCGGCCGUGCCCAGAGCCACCACAGCACUUUGCUCACCACCACCUUCCUAGGGAUAAUUUAUUUGUCUCCACAGAACAGUCCAUGCUGUUACUUGAUACCACCGUGUUUGGGUGCCCCCAUGUCCUUCAAAGAUGAUUGGAGAAUGAAGCUCUUUUUGGGUCAGGGGAGCGGGGCGCUUCUUCCCUUUUUUUUUUUUUUUUUUGUUUUCUUUUAAGGAUAUUAUUUUCCUUUCCUUCUAUCUGUCUCUCCUUUGCUGCUGCUUCUUUUGGAAAUUACAGUGUUUUAUUUUUAGCUGUUUUCUGCUGCACAGGAAAAUGUAAAAGUUGCUUGCUGCUAGUUAAUUAUAGCCCUGGCAUUCCUGAGGGCUUUGCUCAUGUACAGGCCACUCAUUGUGAGUUUUUAUUAAGCUGCUCUAUUUGUCCAGUUUGGAAACAGCAAAUUCCUUUUGAAAUGAAAACAACUCCUUUGUUUUUGGGUCGCCUGAGCCAAGGAUUUGUAGGGGCUGGCCAUAGGAGGAGGAACAGUGGGAGUUGGGGCUAGGGGGAGACAGGGCUUGGAGAGCACUGGAAUGUGCCUCCAUGCAUCUCUGAUUUUCCCAGCUCACAUUUACCUUUCCCUUGGCUGGGUUAUAUAUAUAUGUUUAUGUAUACAUAUUCA